AUGUCUGCCUCCAAAGAACGAACCCCGACGGCGCUGCGACAGCCCAAGUGCGCUAGAUGCAGACACCACGGCUUCGUCGUUCCGCAGAAGGGACACAUGAAAAACUGCCCGUUUGUCGACUGCAUCUGCUGGAAAUGUUAUCUGGUCACGCAAAGGACGAAAAUAAUGGCCCUCCAGAGACGGAUGAAGAGGUCUGAAAUGGUGGAGGUGGAGUGCGUCGCUGUCGGUGAUGUCGGAGCAGCGGCUGCCGGGGCCCCGUGUGCCCCGAGCCCCCCUCGGCUGGAUCCUGCCCCCCAGACGCCCCCGCAACGAUUUGAGACUGCCGAUGGGAAAACGUAUGCCGAGCUCCAGGGUGUGAAAUCUGAAGAUAUAUCGAAGCAAGAGGGCAAGCCCUCCAAACCCUUGAGCCCCCCGGAUCUCCCAAGAAGGCCCGUUUAUGUGAGAGACCUCCCGUACCUCCCUAAAUUGGGGCAGACACAUUUGUACAAUGCAGAAAUGUUGGCUGUUCCUUCCAUGGGGUAUCCCGUCGGACUUUUUGCACGUCACCCUAGUGACUACCCUCAUUCACUGGCGAUGAACAGGGCACCCAUGCCACCAGGGCCCUACAAGGAUGGCCAACGUGGAUCCUUAUUCUUCCCCCAUUUUCAAACUGGCACAAGGCCUUACCCCUCCCGACCCGAUCCCAGAGGGUUUUUUCAUGCCCCUUACCCAUCCAUGUACCCGAUGCCCUACCCAGGCGAGCUGAUGCAGCCACAGCCCCAACCUUUUCCCAAAGACAAGGAGCAUGGCACAGCUACAGUACAUAUUGAAGAUGGCCCUACUAGCCUGAGCAGCAAAGUCUUAGGUGAAUCCUCCCCGGAGAACAGCACUGGGUCUUCCUCCAUAUGA